AUGGAAGCAUUUGAGGGAUUGAACUACAUUGCACAAGAAGCAAUAGCGAUACGUUUAAGACAGCCUCAAGCGACGCAGGCGCAUAUAAGGCAAAGUAGUGCUGGGGCUAUACUCUCUGGAUUGGGUGGUGAAGAGGAGGCAAAGACGGAAGCGAAAAAAAGUUCGAAGCUUUUUGGACUGGAUGCGUUACCCUCGCCAUCGUAUCUCUCGAAGCUCGCGGAGGGCCUUCUCAAGCAUGAGAAGGUCUUCCUAUCACCAAACAUCCUCGCGAUAUACAUCCACAUACAGCGACUCCUUGCCCGACCCAAGACCAUUCCAGAAGCGCUCUACCUCUACGCGAACAAACCAGUCCCCGUCGAAGGUUCUUCGCCUCCCAAGUUCUCACGACCUUCUCCCAAGUCAGCAAAGCAGGCUAUUCCAGCCGAUCUCGCCGACGCAGCGCUCACCGCGGCAAUCGACGCGAAAGAUCUUUCUUUAGCCCUGGAUGUUGUUGACCACAGUUAUCGCGCUCCUGCGUGGCGGCGGCACCGCAUAGUCACAAAGCUGGGGUUGCCCGGUAUCUUGACGGCUAUCACCCCACUUGCUCUCUACAUGAUCGCCCAGGAACUAUCCGUAUACAGCGGCUUUAUCGACCCUUGGACUUUUAAGCUAUACGCUUUCAUGGGCAUGAGCACGUAUGUUAUGUGUACGGGAACGCUCGGAUUCGUGGCCCUGACGACAUACAACGAUCACCACGACCGAGUUGUCUGGCGACCUGGUGUUCCACUGCUUGAUCGAUAUCUGAGAGAGGAUGAGCGAGCGGCCUUGGACCGCAUAGCCUGUGCGUGGGGUUUCAAGGAAGUGUGGAGGCGAGGUGAUGAAGAGGGCGAGGACUGGGAGGGUUUGAGGCAGUGGAUCUUGCUCCGGGGUAUGGUUCUUGACAAGCCAGAUCUGAUGCCUGGUAUGAACCCUGGAAGAUAG